GGCCCGGCCGUUAGUUAACGCUGGGAAACAAAGCGGGCAAGAUGUCGAAGCUUGGCCUAAUAUUUAUUCUACUUGUGUCUGUAAAGCUUAGCCAGGGCAAGCCUUUGCCUCUUCCGGCGGGAGUGUACGAUCCGGAGGAAGCGGGUGCCUUCGCCGGAGGAGACAUGGUGUUGACUGAGGAGCAAAAAGCGAACUUGGAGCAUGGACCCAAGGAACGGAACGGGCUCAUCAAUACGGACAGGAGGUGGCCCAACAAUGUGGUGGUAUACAAAAUAUCGGAGGACUUUGUUGGCACUCACAGGGAGGCGAUUCUGAAGGGCAUAGACACCUUGGAGCAAAAUUCCUGUGUCAAAUUCAGGGAGGCCACCGACCAAGACACGGCCUACCUGACCAUAACAGCAAAGGCUGGAGGGUGCUACACCGAUGUCGGAUAUCGCGCAGCCCCGCAGGAAAUGAACCUGGAGAUCUAUCCGAUUGGGGAGGGCUGCUUCAGACCCGGUACCAUCCUGCACGAGUUCCUGCACGCCUUGGGCUUCUACCACGAGCAGAGCUCUACGAUACGCGACGAUUACGUGAACGUGGUAUUCGGUAACAUAGUGCCCGGCAAGGAGUUUAACUUCCAGAAGUAUUCCGCGUCUGUGGUGACCGACUUCGACGUGGGCUACGACUACGAUAGCUGCUUGCACUAUCGACCUGGCGCCUUCUCCGUCAAUGGCGAGGACACCAUUAUACCCCUAGACUCCAACGCGGUGAUAGGUCAGCGCUUAGGUCUUAGCGCUAAGGAUAUUGAUAAGAUCAACAUCAUGUACAAGUGCCCCAUUCUGCUGUGAUCCGUAAUGGAGGUGCAAGGUCUAGUACCAAGGGAUAUUGUAUGGUCAAUUGUGAUAUGUAUUCCACCGGCUGAGGCGAUUAGAUCGGUUUUAUGAUCUACGCUGUCAUUGUCAGUGACAUUAUAUUUAUAGAAGUCUACAUUAAAGCUAUAACUCUUUAUGAAAAA